AUGAAGCUGGUCGAAGCGUGCGAGUUGGUGUUCGUGGCGGAGGGGGUGCUCAAUCUUGUGAGCGGCUUCUUGCUCACGUUCUUUCCUGCCUUUGUCAUGACCCAGCAAGGCCUCCCUGCCUCGGACGAGCUGGCCAACGGCAACUUGGCCCAGUUCGGCACGCUGGUGCUACUGCUCGGCUACAUGGGGGUGCGAGCCCGCGCGACGCCCAAGGUGAUUGAGGCCCUGCUGUUUGGGGACCUGUUGUGGUGCGCCAUCUUCUAUCAGUUCGUGAUCACCCACCACGGCCCUCUGCCCACCUGGACCUUUGGCUCCCACUUCUCCCUCUGGAUCACGGCCUUCCUCGCCGUCAGCCGCACCACCUACCUCAUCGCCUCCUACUCCUCCACCUCUUCCUCUUCCUCUUCCAAGACCAGCCAUAGCACCAAGAAGAAGCCCAUCGCGAAGAAGAACUGA